GCGUCGCAGCCCUCGCUCUCCGCAAACUACACCUCCACGAGCAACGCUCCCUUCACCAUCUCCUUGCCCCUCACGACGCCUCCCAACAGCACCACCACCGAGAACAAGACCAAGUAUCUGGCCGAGCUCCGCCAGUCGGCCAUUUCGCUCCAAGAGCAAGUCAACCGGGAACUUACCGCACGAAUGGAGGAAGACAAGACGCGAGACACGAGCGCAACAACAGACCCCGGGGCCAGCCUUGUGGACGAUGAGAAGGAGGAGGAAAACUACGGGGAGGAGGUAGUAGAGGAAGAG